ACAAUCCAUCUUCACCGUUCGUUAGAGAUGGCAAUCUCUUCCGCCACAACAGCCUUCUGCUCCUCCCUUCUCUGCUCUACCGCCAUUUCCUCCUCUUCCUCUCCCACCACGUCAAGCUUCCAAUUCAAAUUCAAAUUUCCCGCCAAAUCACUCCGCUCACCCUCCCCAGCGGUCACUCAAGCCUAUCGUUCUAGUAUUCCCUCCACUAAUGGAGGUUCCGCUCAGAAUCAGUUUUGGUUUAGAAGGGGACUAUUGUUUACAGCCACAUUACCAUUCCUUCUCUCUCCAUAUGAAUCCUUCGAGGAAUCUCUAUCGAAAGCUGCGGAGUUAGGUAGAGGUGAAUAUCAACUUAUGAAGGAUGAGUUAAAGAAGGUAGUAUCCAAGGGCAAGGCUGCUGGUGUACUUCGUUUGGUAUUUCAUGAUGCGGGAACCUUUGAAAUGAAUGGGGAUUCAGGUGGUAUGAACGGUUCUAUUAUUUACGAACUUGAUAGACCUGAAAAUGCAGGUCUUAAAAAAUCUUUAAAGGUUCUAGAUAAAGCAAAGAGUGAGGUGGAUGCAAUACGAGCAGUAUCUUGGGCUGACCUUAUUGCUGUGGCUGGAGCUGAAGCAGUUUCACUAUGUGGAGGUCCAUCAAUCCCUAUUUCGUUAGGCAGACUAGAUUCAACGGAGCCUGAUCCUGAAGGGAAACUUCCUCAAGAAUCUCUGGAUGCUUCUGGUCUGAAGCAAUGCUUUCAAAGAAAAGGCUUAUCAACCCAAGACCUUGUUGCUCUGUCAGGAGCCCAUACUCUUGGAAGUAAAGGUUUUGGAGAUCCUACUGUUUUUGACAAUUCAUAUUUCAAAAUUCUUCUGGAGAAGCCAUGGACAUCUUCUGCUGGUAUGUCAAGCAUGGUUGGCCUUCCUUCAGACCGUGCACUUGUUGAGGAUAAUGAAUGCUUAAGGUGGAUCACAAAGUAUGCCAACGAUCAGAAUCUAUUCUUUGAAGAUUUCAAGAAGGCUUAUAUCAAACUGGUGAAUUCCGGUGCAAGGUGGAGAAGCUUAUAAAUAUCAUUUCCGAAAGACACUUUGUUCCUUCUCUUUUCUGGCUAGCUUUGUAUUGUGUUCAAUAAAACAGAACACAGAAAAGAAUUCAAGAAGUAUAGAAAUGGGCAUUUAGCCUAAUGGUUUGAGGUUAAGCACUAUUUGGAUCAGGAGAGGCGUGGUGUUUGUCCAGUGGAUUGGUUUUGGACAAUUUGGGAGAUCUGUUCUUAGCGUUUAUACCAUUAAGAAUGAUGAUAUCCUUGUUCUUUAA